CUGCUGUAUGAUGACGCAAUUAUACAAGCACCUUGUAUGCUAGCACCUGCGCUGUCCGUGAACGCUAUUGGCAUUGCAGUGUUUUAAGUUUACUCUGGAAAGCAAGCUCUCGCCUCGUGGAUGAACCCCGACCGGCAUGGUCCGGUGGAGGUCGCUUGAUAUUAGCGCAUUAAUAGGACCGGCCGCGACCGAAGGCGCUGCACGCGCAUAGGGAUGACCUUUUUGCUUGGCUCGAACUUACGGGGCUGCCAGUCAUCUUCUGCGGGAAGAUCAGCUUUACUAGUCCAGCUACCGGCACUUCGAAGCGCUGCUCGACGAGGAGUAGUGCGUUGUAGGGCAAUGGCCUCGACGGGAGGACCCUCGGAAGCACGGCCUGGCGCGUCCGCUGCUGUAUCCACUAGCUGUAUCACUAGCAAGAUCAAGCGCACACCCGUUAUUCUUAAUCCUCCUCGGCAACCUCCGGGAGCGCACUUCCGGGUGCUCCAGUGGAACGUGCUCGCGGACGGACUGGCGCAAAAUGGAGACUUCUGCAGGGUACACCCCGACCACCUCAAAUGGGAGUACCGAAAGCCGCUGCUGAUCCAGGAGAUCAUGGAGGCGAACGCAGAUAUCAUCUGUCUUCAGGAGCUCAACCAUUUUGAGGACCUAAGCCAGGUGCUGAAGGAGCUGGGGUACGAGGGCGCGUUCCGGGAAAAGCACGCCUCGCCUGCGCUCAAGUACGAAUUCCCACCGGACGGCAUGGCGGUCUUCUACCGCAGCGGCCGCUUCACCUGCAGUGCAGGCGCUGUGGAGGGCCGUUCCUUCCAGGACGAUAGCACGGGCCGGGAGCAGUCGCAGGGCUACCUGCAGAUCCUGCUUCAUGACCUGGUGGUUGGGCGCGACCUGCUGGUGGUCACCACGCACCUCAAAGCCAAGGACGGGGCGGAGUGCGAGGACAUGCGCUACCAGCAGGCAAAGCAGCUGUUGCGCAACGUCUCGGGCACGCUAGAGCGCCUGGAGAAGGCGGCUCAGGAGGCAUCCGUGGCGGCCGGUGGGAACGGCGGCGCUGGAAGCGCCGCGCAUGCUGGCGGCAACGGUGGCAGCGGCAGCAGCAAAGCCGGUGGCAACGGCAGCGCUAGCAACGGGGCGGGCCGGAAUGGCAGUGGCAGCGGGCACCACGCGGCUGGUGGGGCAGCGGUGGCGGCGGAGCACCGGGUGCCUGUGGUGGUGACCGGCGACUUCAACACACUGCCGGGGUCAAAGACGUGUACGGCGUUCCGGGAGCACCCACUGGGGCUCAUGUCGCUGUGGGAGCAGCGCCCCAUCGACGCCACGCUCAGCAGCGGCAGCGACAUGGACGUCCCACCGCCGCCGCUACCCACACCUGCUGCCGCGGGCUCCAACGGGUCCAACGGUGCGGCCGCGGCAGCCGCCGCCGGGGCGGGGCCGUCUCGGUCUUCGGAGUUCAGCACGUGGAAGUUCCGCGUCAAGGGCGAGUCUAAGCGCAUCAGCGAUUACAUCUACUUCAGUGGCGGCGGCCCGCUGCGGCCGCUGCAGCGCUGGCGCAUGCUGACGGAGGAGGAGAUCGGGCCCACGGCGCUGCCAUCGCCGGCCUACGCCAGUGACCACGUGUCGCUAUGCUGCGAGUUUGAGUGGGACGUGGACGCGGACCUGGAGUGGGCGCCUAGGAGCCAGGAGCAGGACUGGGGAUGAGCGGCAGCAGCAGUCACAGCAGCAGCAGCAGCAGCAGCAGCAGCAGCAGCAGCAGCAGCAGCAAGCCCGGUGAGGCCAGAGCCGUCACGUCUAUGUAUGGGCGUGGCAGCGUUGGGUGGGUAGCUGUAUGCGAGCAUGUGGAAGUAAGGUGGCGCAAACAAGCGCUAUGGAGGGCGUCGCAGCCCGCAUGGCAUUGGGUGCCGUUGUGGGGCUGGUGUUGGGCGGCGUGAUCCUGCUGCCGCCGAGCGCAGCGUGCAUUGGUGUGAGCAGGUGCCUGUGGAUGUGUUUGGAAGGACAACGGCCUCUGCUGGCUGUGGUAUGCGGCAGUGGCGAGAUUGUGUGGAUAUUUCGAGCGACUAGCUCGCAAUGCGGUCAGGGCAGGCGACAGGUGUAGCCCGGCAGGGCGUGUAAAACAUUUUUCCCUUGACGCUUUUGUGCGGGUGCUAAGCAUCCGUUUUGAACAGUCGCCACGGUGUACGUGUUGUGUGUGUGUGUGUGUGCACCUGCAUACUGUUGGCCUUGCUGCUCUGUAUGUUGGCGUCGCCAAAUCUUUUCAACCAACCUCGGAUACAUCUAGGAGGUGAGGCUUCCUAGUGGCGCUCGGUCACAGGCUGGAUGGCAUGGGCCAUGUGCUGUGGGCUCAACCUCCCUUCCCUUGUCGAACUUAGGCGGAACUUAAGAAGGAGGAGCAGUAGGAGGAGGACUAGGGCUCUUGGUCUACCUCAUAGCCAAGUUCGACGCGCCAUCACCUUGUUCGCAAUGUGGCGCGCGUUGUUUGCGUUUGAGUGGAGCGUUAUGUUUGCAUCCUGGCAUGUAAGGCCGGAUAGGUACUGCAGAACUCCAGCUUGUUUCUUACCGGCUGGCCGCGUGUCAUGGUUAUGUGAGGUGGCUGCUAAGAGUUGUAGGGUUCGCAGUCCGCACCAUGCGCUCAAGGCGUUUUUGCAGGUUUUGCGGAGGGAAAGAAACCGUGAUCAUGGCUGGUUCUGCAAGUUGUCGUUCACGCGAUCCGUGCCCAAGCGGGCUGAUGAGUUGCAUACUUUCAUGGUUACAUGUACGAUAAGAGUUUACGGGUUCAUAGUCCGCUGACGACGGCUGUAAGGCUGAUGUAACUGUCAUGCUGCCACGCUUGGGCUCUUUGGAGUCCUGACUGUCCUGAGGUGUUACCCAAGGUGCUGCUGCACGGCGCAUCGCAUGCUGCCGCGCGCCCGCGCCGCCUGCAUAGAUGGGCGGGCUUCUCGGAAUCAUUGACCUGAUGUUACGACUCAGGCAAGCAAUGAAGCAAGGCUGUCUGCACUAGUCAAUCGUGACUUCUGCUUCAGCUUGCAGGCGGUUAAAAAGGUUCAUACGUUGCUAUCGUAACAAGGAGGUGGCUGCCUUAGGGAGGCAGGAAAAGGGCUGAGCCCUCCCCUCCCGGGUCGUUAUCAACCCAGCCACCUUGACGCGGGCGCCUACUAAGCACACGCAAAUUGCACACGCCUCUAUGUUGGGGGCCUUUGGCAUCCCCGCAAAUCCGGACGUGGCCGGUUGGGUGGAGUGCACAGUCCGUGCUAACCCGCAGCUAACAAACUAGUCACGU